AACAUUCAAGAGACCAUUAGAACACCUCACCGAUAGAUAAUUACCACACAUAACAGAUAAUUACCUCGAAAUAAGUGUUGUUAUAGGCGAAUUGACUAAGUUCAGGACCAAUACAUUAAGUUCAAAGUCUCCGGCGGUCUGCAGGUCACCCUGAGAAAUGAAUCGACUUGCACGCAUACCCCUUAUGAUUCAAGGACAAGUGAGAUGUAUGAAUAAAAUCAGUUUGCAGUCUUCAUACAGGUUUUCAUCAUUACCUUCUCUUCCAAAGGAUAUUGACUUUGUUGAGCUGAAAAAAGAGCUAGAUAAAGAAGGUGUGACGCUGAUUGAUGUUCGCCUUCCAAAGGAACUGUACGAAAGUGGAAUGAUCCCAAAAUCAAAGAACAUAGUUUUACAAGCAUUAGGAGUAGGUAUCCUGCUCCCAGACGAAGACUUUUCUGAUAAAUUUGGGUUUGAGAAGCCUGAUGUCGAUGAUCCUAUCGUUGUAAUGUGUCUAGGGGGUAUUCGUGCAAGGACGGCUCAGUUGGCUAUGAUAGGAGCUGGCUACAAAAAUGUUAGGUAAGGAUGUAUUCUUGGAGUGUUAA